AAUUAUUGAAUUUUUUUCCCUUUUCGUCGUUUCUUCCUCCUCCCCUUUAAUAUUCUUUCCUCUGACUCUCUCUCUCUGAUAAUUCUUUCCUUUGUUCAUAUUCUCCCUUUCCUCUGCUUAUUUCUUUCCUUUCAGCUUUUCCUUUGAAGAUCUGGCAGAUCUGAUAUCAAGUAAAUUAAAUUUCACAAGAAAUUUGAUAGAUCGAGAGGUUUGAAGAAAAAAAGAUGGCGGAGGAGCAUAGAUGCCAAGUUUCGGAAGGGAACCGUCUUUGCGUCAAUAAUUGCGCCUUUUUUGGAAGUCCGGCGACGCUGAAUCUUUGCUCUAAAUGUUACAUAGAUUUCCGUCUUAAAGAACAACAACAAGCUUCUUCGAUCAAAUCCUCUCUGUCUUCUCCUUCGUCUUCGUCAACCGUCGUCGAAUCUGUUUCUCAGGUUCCUGUUUUGACUCUCCCUGAAGUCAAUGGAGAAUCGCCUAUUCCGGCGGUCGAGAUUGCUCCGUCGUUUGAACAGCAGCCGCAGCGACAACCGAAUCGGUGCAUGGUUUGCAGGAAGCGGAUCGGGUUGACCGGAUUCAGAUGCAAGUGUGGGAUUACGUUUUGCGGGUCCCACAGGUACCCAGAAAAUCACGGAUGUACGUUCGAUUUCAAGAAGGUUGGGAGGGAGGAGAUCGCACGCGCCAAUCCCCUGGUCAAAGCAGAGAAGCUCGAGAAAAUUUGAGAAGAGGAUAGAAAGCCAUUGGAUCGUUUGACGUUUGAUGAGAAGAAAUUGGAAAUUUCAAACUCGUUAAGAUCACGACACGUGUUUCAGUGUGGUCCCCACAUGAAGAAAACCCAAUUGGGCUGGAUAAAAAUAUUUUCAUCUAAAAAAAACUAUUUUUAAUAUUUUAUUUUACGUGGUUUUUUAGGUUUUUUUUUUUUUUUUAAAUUUCUUUGGGUUGGAAAAUGCAAAAAAACAAAAAAGGAGUUUGAAUUCGUGUAGAUUCUUGGCUCUCAUUUAAUUAUUGGUGUGUAAUUCCGAUGGCAGCGCCCAAUCCUGAAAAGCCAUGAAGCUAUUUUCUUACAUGUUUUUUUUAUUAGGGAGCAAAAACAAUCGAGUUCUUUUCUUUCUUUUUUUUAAAGGAAAAAUUGACAACUUUCUGUCUUUUAUUGCCAAUUUGCAAUUACAUCCCUUUCAUUCCAUUUUGCGUGUGACAUUUUUUUAAUGACAAAAAUAAGUGCUGCUUUUCGGUAAUUCAAGAAAUUUGAUUCCUUGAAAGGAAUAUUUAACUAUAAUGUACAUGAAUUUCAAUUUGAUCAAUUUUGUGACCAAAA